UUCUAUGCAUUUUUCGAACAGGUUGCAACUUAGUCACUCGAUUAACCUCUUGUAGUUUGCAGGAUUGCAUCGGCAGAUUCUAAAAUCUUGCGUUCGAAACUAUUGCCAGAAUGGCUCGUAAAGAUAAGCACGAGUCUCUCGCAGAAGAGUCGUCUCAGACUCAAGAAACUGUGAGCCCGAACAGAUCAUCUGCUCAUGGCUCAUUGAAGAAAAGUACGAGAUCGUCUCAGUCACCUACUCCUAAAAAUGCCAAGUUUGCCACUUUGUCUGAUCAACUGGCCAACAUGGGACUCAAAUUGAGGAUGGUUCUCGGGGAUGGGAACUGCCUGUUCCGUGCUCUUGGAGAUCAGCUGGAUGGGAAUACAAGGAAGCAUCUUGAUUACCGAAGACAAGCCGUUGAACAUAUGAGAGAAAAUCGAGAAUUGUUCGAGCCUUUCAUUGAUGAUUCAAUUUCAUUUGAGCGGCACGUCUCAUUGCUUGGAGAGCCGGGAACACACGCAGGGAAUGAUGCGAUUGUGGCCUUUGCCGGGUUUCACAAGGCUGUUGUUGUUGUCCAUCAGCUGAAUACGCCCUUGUACCAUAUUGCUACCCAAGGAUUUGAUGACAGCCGUUCACUGAAAGAGUUGCAUGUCGCUUAUCAUAAUGGAGAACAUUACGACUCCGUCAGGAAACUUCAUGAACCCGAUGGUUUGGAAGUUCCUGCCUGCAUACAUGUGUCUACCAUCAUCAGGAAUCCUACCGUUAAGCAGGGAAUAUCGUCUGUUUCGGACGAUGUCUCGGUCCGUUAUGAAUUGGUCACACUGAAGUCGAGGAUAUGGGAUGAGGAUGGAUCCGGUCGUCGGAUCUUCGGGGAUGAUGCAGCUGAUGUUGCGGUUACUUUUCCACCGGAAUUCCGUCGAAGCUGCGAACGGAACCCUGUUUCAGAGCACGAUUCCACGUGGCAUAAAAAUUAUCUCGUGUCAAUGAAGUAUUAUGAAGCAGAGCAAACUCAGACUGACGGCAGGCCGUGUGCAGGAUUGAGAGCAGAUUUGAAGCGGUGUCUUGCGGAAAGUGAUUGCGUCUUAAAGCAAAAGAAAACUCCGUUGGAGUGUUUGAAAAGCUGCGACCAAAGUGUCUCAGAAGAGUGCCACGUGCUUAGACGAGCCUUCUUCGAGUCGGAUGAGGUGACACUUAUGUUUUGCGUGUGUUCCAGUUGGAUAAUCGUGUACGAUUUAGAGGUCGCCGAGGGUAUUGAGAUGUUUCAAUCGACUAAGCGUUUGGAGCAAGUCAACAUUGCUGGCGUUGAGAGCAGUGUUUCUUCGAAAACGUUUAUACUCCACGGAGAGACGCACACGCUUGGGAACGCUUUGCGAUGGAUGAUUUUGAAAAAUCCUGAUGUCAAAUUUUGCGGCUAUAAUAUUCCUCAUCCUACCGAGCAGAAAAUCCAGCUGAGCAUUCAAACGACCGGGGUGCCAGCAGAAAAAGUGCUGAAGCGUGGCUUAGAGGACUUGCAUCAAUUGUUCGGACACAUUCUGAAUACGUUUGAAGUGAAGCAGGCGUUGAAGGACAUUCGCCUGAGUGCUGCCAUAGCUCCUCGCUCCAUUACCGAUUUUCAAUUUCGAAAUCUUUCCGGUUCGCGCGUUCGUAUAUACUUCAUAAGUUCCGCGUACCCUGGCAAGGGUAACACUAUUGUUUCCACUGAUGUCGACGUCGGCGGAACGGGUGACUGUGCCAACCUCCAGUGGCUUCCGCUGCUGGAUCCGUCAUUCCAAGCGUCAGCUGCGAAAUGUAGCAAGCAAGAGAUGAACUUAUCCGAUCGGAAGAAAAUAAUUUCCUGGGGCAUAUCUUCGUAUGAAUUGCAUCCGUCGGGUAGAAUUCUUUUUCCUGCCAGUGCUCGCAUUUUCCACUGUCCCUCUAGAGAUGACAGAGUAGGGAUUACACCAAGUGAGAUCGAUAUUAAUGGUCAAACUGCGACAAAUGCCGAGAUGUGCCCGAGCAACCCGAAUCUUGUUGCGUAUGUGUUCGGUGGAGAUAUUUGGGUGAAGAAUCUCAACAAGCCCGACGCGGUUCCUCGUCUCGUUACGCAUAGCUCAAGACAGGAUCGUCUUGCUGGAUAUCCGUCGUUUGUUAUGCAAGAGGAAUUCGAUCGUUAUCGUGGGUUUUGGUGGCAGCCGAUCUCUCAUGAUGGGAAAUAUCGUAUUCUUUUCGAAGAGGUGGACGAAACACAGGUGGAGACGUAUACGUUUGGAUGUGCAAUGAAUGUCGAUGACGCUGGAGACGAUUAUAAAUUUCCGCGGGCGGGAACAGCGAAUGCAAAGAGCGAGUUGAAGUUAGUCGAGUUCCGCCUCGACGUUGAUCACAUCACUGGUGUGAAGGUAAAAUGUCUCAGCCGAAGUCUCGAAGAGGACUUCCCGGGCUUCGAGUAUCUAGUCAGGGUCGGUUGGCUUCCAGAGGGCGAUUUCAUUUGGGCGAAGUUGCUGGACCGACCGCAACGAACGCAAACAACUGUGUUAAUAUCCCUGCGCGCCUUCACGGACUGCGCCGAGACCGGUUUCCACGAAUCCGAUACCAAUGCAAUUCCUCCAGUGCAUUGUCAAGUGUCAUCAUCAUCCGGGUGUUCGAAGGAAAACGGAGUCAUGGAGCUUAUGAAUUUGACUGCACCUCACUGGCUCAAUGUGGACGAUAUCAUGUUCUGGUUUCCACGAGAGAAAGAUUCCACGGAUUUAUGUUUCAUUUAUGCGUCAGAAGAAUCUGGAUACAGGCACUUGUACUUAUCAACUGCGGAGGGAAAGUUGAGUGAGGAGUCUGUAACACCAAGCGAAGAAGACUGUGAUGAUGAGAUGCCCUGUUGUGACGACGUGCCCACGCCGUCCAGGUGUCGGAAGAGGAAGGUUUUAGAGAACAAAAUCACGAGACGUACUUGUGUCUGUCGUGCGACGCCUCCUUCCGGUGAGGAGAACCCAAAUGAGGAAGUCUGGCGGCAAUCAAGCAGUACUCCAUCGUACGCCUUGACGUGGGGAAGCUGGGAGGUCGCAGAAAGUGAGAUUUGGGUUGACGUGUUGAACAGCCUUGUCUACUUCACUGGUUUCAAGGAUUCGCCAUUAGAGCGUCAUUUAUACGUUGUUGCAAUUGAUGACCCUGGGCGAGUGAAGCGGUUAACAGCAGCUGGGUUUUCUCACUGCGUGGCCGUGCACAUUUCCCCGACUGCAACCGUCGUUGUGGACCUGUUCUCGAACACUGCGACUCCUCCCAUGUGCCAAGUGGCGAGUGUUGCGUGGGACGCAAAUACCUCGUUUGGGGGAAAAUCGCAGAAGGUCGACGGGCUUGUGCUUGCCCUCCGUGGCUACAUCCAAGGACAUGAAUCCGUCGCGCAAUUUGUUGAUCCGAGUUACGAGCCGCCGGAAAUAUUCUCUCACAGAAUAAGGAGUGGCGAAGUAUUGUAUGGAAUGAUGUUCAAACCACCAGGAAUGGUGCCAACUCGUAAGUACCCGACGUUGCUUGCUGUAUAUGGAGGCCCGAAAGCUCAGCUUGUCACCAAUAGCUUCAAAGGAACUGUGGAGAUGAAAGACCAAGUUGAAGUGAUGACGUGGCUUGCAUCAACUCGAUCCUACAUUGACACUACUAGAAUAGGUGUGCACGGAUGGUCGUAUGGAGGAUAUCUGUCGUUGUGUGCUCUCAUUCGUUAUCCCGAAAUUUUCAAGGUGGCAAUUGCAGCCGCUCCAGUUACCUGCUGGCAUUUGUAUGACACUGCCUAUACGGAACGUUACAUGGAUUUGCCCACCGUUAAUCCAGCCGGUUACAAAGAAGGCUCCAUAUUAAGCAUGGCGCACAAGCUUCCUGAUGAGGCGAAUCGACUGCUUAUAAUUCACGGUUUGAUGGAUGACAAUGUGCAUUUCUCGCACACAACGCAGUUGAUCGAUGCCUUAGUCAAGGCAGGGAAGCCAUAUCAACUUCAGGUUUACCCCAGUGAACGUCACAGUCUUCGACAUUUCCGCAGCAAUGAGCACUACGAAGUCUCCAUGCUGCAUUUCUUGGAGCAGCACCUGAUUAUGGCGGGGGAGGAACCGUGGGCGAUGGAGGAGGAGAUUGGUUGUGAUAUUGGUACGACGCUGGAAGCAGCGACUUACCACGCAGCCUUGAAUGUGAUCAUUGUAGCUGGAGAGGACAGAAAGCUGCACGUGAUUGAUGCGAACUCAGACCUUAUUCUGCACUCCGUGGUUCCUCAUCGUAAUAAUGAUGGGACUGGCAGGGGAAAGAAGCCUAUGGCGCUACAAUAUAUACCUGCGGUGAACAAAUUACUUGUUGCGGAAGGCAGAACUAUUGGCGUGCGGUCGCCGCACAAAGGCGCAAUUUUGCUUGAUACUAUUUUGCAAGCAGCGCAUAAGAAGACGGGCGAAGGCAGUUCGAAGCACAGACAAGUUCGGAUUGAGUUACUGGCGCAUCAGGAGGCAAUGGAACUGACGAAUUUUGUGGCGACUUUGCCGACGACGUCGAUGCGGUUACACGUUUUCAGCGAGCUCCAACGACGUCUAGAGGCUCUCCGAAAGGCCGUCGCGCGGCGUCCAGAAAUGUUCAACAAGUGGACAACCAUAUGUUUAGACCUGAACGCGGACGAUGUCCGAUCCCUCUGCAAGAGCUGCAUGGACAGCUGGAAAAAUAACAAGCAUGAUUCUUCCUCGCUCAGCAUACUAACAGCAAUGACGGAGCGUGUGGAAUGGAUUUGUCCCACCGACGACGAUCUGGAUGAGCCACGAAUGUGGAGCGAAAUCGCGCGAAGAGAGACGUUUUCUACCUGGCCUCACAUGGACUAUAAGUGGGCGAUUCCAGAGAAUAUGGCCCAGGCUGGGUUUUUCCACGUUCCCAUGCCGACGGCGCUUGACAAGGUCAUGUGUUUUUACUGCGACGUGUGUUUGCUGGCCUGGGAUCCCAGUGACGACCCGUGGUCAGAGCACGAGCGACACUCUCCGCCGUGCGCGUUUGUAAAAGGAUCUGUGACACCAAAUGUGCCGGCAACGUUGCUGGAGUCAGCUGGACCUGCCAGGAUUUCAUGGCAUUGGAGAGAUAAGUCUGAAGCAUCCGAUGCUGAUCGUUCUGUCAUCACCCUGGUGUCUGAACCGACUGUCGACCUUGACGCGUCGGUUGCACACUAUGUCGCGACCGGCACGCGGUCAGGUAACAUCGUUGUUUGGAACACACGUGAUUCGCUCGAGCCUUUGUUGGAGUACCCCAUAGAUCCGAAGAAUUUUAUUGAGGCAACGACUCGUGGGGUAGAAGAUGCUGUAUAUUUUUCCGACAGUCGUCGCGGAUUUCAGCUUGAAAGCCCGUCGUUGUCGAAUGAACUGGAGCUUGCUUCGGUUUCUGGUGGCUUAUUUUCGACGAUGGUGAAGAAUAUGGAUACUCUUGAGCUAACAGCCCUGGCUGUGUCGGCGCUUCCGAAUGCAGGAAAUUCGACGGAAAUCGUUGGCCCUGUUCUUUUUGCUGGCGUCUCAUUGCCGACGUUUAGUCAAGAAACUGAGCGAAACGAGGAGUCCGGUUUGACAUAUAAUAUGCGAUGCGGACGCUAUGCCUAUUUACUCGCACAUGACCUGAGUGCCGAAAAAGGGUUUGGUCGAGAACGGAAGUCUGAGAUAUCGGAACCAGUUUCAGACGUCAACACUUUAGCUGCCAUUCUUGGAACGGAUAAAUUAUCUGACGUCGACUGCAUAGAAAUAGAAGUUGAAGGAUCCUCGAAUGAAUCAGAUGAUGCCAAGUUCAUCAUUCCAGUGGAGACUGUUGAGGAGUCGGAGGAAGAGGUUGAUUCGGAAUCGAUGGAUGUGCCUGCAGCCAGUGAACCAAUCAAAGCGCAGAGACAGUAUAUUCAAUGCGGUUUGGUGAAAGUCCCAUUGAGCUUACGUUGUGAGACUGAGGGUCUGGUUUUUGUGAUACAAGAUGUCAUGCAUAUCGUCUCUGCGUCAAUUCUGUUGUUGAAUCUUGUUGGGUACGACGAAGUAGUGCAAUCAGCGGAUGAGCCAUGGUGGGAAAUGGAAACCACUUUGGGUUCUCCGAAGUCUUCCUUGUUGCUAACAUUGUCUUGCGGAUUGUACGACGGGAAGCUGUUCAACGAAGUUCCUGUUGCCGAAAGAUAUUUCGGAACUCCAGAUGGUGUUGUUUCGUCGAUUCACAUUCCAAGCGCAUUUGAGGCUUCCAUUGGAGAAAGUUGGUCUAACAUCGAAGGCGGGGGCGUUGUUGUGGGUGCCAAAGGUGGCGCCGUUAACAUUCUGCGUACUUCGGAUCUCGUCGCCUUGAAAACUAUUCAACUGUCGAAACCGGACAUCAUGUCGAUGUUCUUUUGCCAUUCCACAAACCGGUUGUGUUGCGCCACGAAAGGCGGAUCUCUGCUCUAUCUUUCCUCCCGCACCUGGCAGCAAGACGACGGCGCCACGCUGGAAAACGGGGAAAGAACCGCUGCCGCCGCCGCCAUUCGGGAAAUGUUGGUGAAGGAGGACUUGGUGACCAAGGUAAUCCCGGAAGUGGCGGAAGCCAUGAACUGUGAAAGAACUUUGCCUGGAAUGAGCGUCGUUUUGCCGACCGGUUGGACAGAAUCGGAUGCUCCUUGUUCGAUUCGCCGCGAUAAUGAGAAGGGACAGGUCACCGAUUCUGCGGCAAGAACCCAGUAUAUUAUUGUUCCAGAAUAUGUCUCCUUCAAUCCCACGACUCAGAGAUACGGUCAGCCAUUGAGACGGUCGUUGGCUGAAAAAUACCAGAAGAGAGAAUUCUACAAUCAAAGUCCCAGACUGUCAGCAAUCGAGCACACCGUGUUCGAGAUUACGAUGCCUCAGUGCCGUUCGAUAGGCUUUGUCGAAGUUGGGUUCCAGAUGAACAAACUUGAUCCCAUGCCGGUUGUGCAGGCGUACCUGCUGAGAAAUUCGCCAAAGACUGGAAGUCUUUCUUCAAAGAAGCAACUGGAACAAACUCUGGAUACCGUGUCAAAACCGUCUUUCUUGGAAGAUAAUUCUGACGAUAUAGUUUGCGGUCCCGUGGAUGUCAAUGAGUUCUUGGACGUCAAAUUCAUGGGAGGGGUUAUUACGUUUGCUAGUCCGCAGUUGGUUGCGAACAAGCUUAGACAUCUUUGCAUCGUUUUGAGAGCGAAGCAUCCGGUGACCAACGAUGCUGCAGACGGGGAAGGAAAAGAAGAUUCCUCCGAAGCAGCAGAAAAAUUUCCCGCUGACCUUAUUCGAGUCAGACAUGAAGAAAUAGUUCAUGCUUUUCAGAAGAUUUAUAACAAGUUUAAUACCCUCAAGACCAAGAUUACGAACGACUCGAAAACCAAUUCUUUCGCUCUUUCAUGGGUGAACCAGGUUUCGAUUUCGAUUCACGACAUUUAUAUUACACUGCGGCCAGAGCAGGCAAUCCUGCGGGCAGCGUUGCUACGUUCGAAGGGAUUCCACGAUCGGCUCUUCGUGAUUCUCUUCUCGGAAGGAAACCUGUCCGUCAUUCAGUGGGCAAUCGAAAUGCUUUCAUGGAUUUGCGGCACAACCUGGAUCUCACCGAAGUUCUGUAGUGCUUCAGACGUCACGGCGUGCAAUGAUCUAUUGCAGAACCUCACACAGAAUUUGUCAAGCUUUGUAGAACACUGUGUUCUGUUGGCUUCACGAUCUGUGAGCCACUACGCAGCCAGGAUCGUCGCAUCAGCUCUUAUGUAUCUCAAGUCAGCUGGAGACCAAAGUAAAUUUGACGCUUUCGGCAGUGCCGUGUGCAAUGCCUGGGCCGAUCGACUGUUGAACCUGGGAAUGAGCCCGAGUGCUGGAAGUCUAAACUGGUUCUUUGUUCUGCUGAAUCACGUGAAACCGACUGAUUUAGCGAAGACAAUGGAUUCGUGCAUCAAUGCCCUGGUGCACUUCUCCGGACAAAAGUCUGCCAAGGAUGACUACGUUUCACAAAUUCUUCGAACCAGAUAUGGGGUCUAUGAGCAGCCGGAAAGCGGAGAAUUGUAUGACUUACAACUCGCCAAAAUUCCUGCUUUUUCUUUCGAAACUGUCGGUUUAACUCUGCCAAGUUUUAACCCUGUUGACAACGGCCACCACUCCAGCAAAUAUUCCAAAGGAGCAGAAUUUCCGCGACCAAUCUGCGGAGAACUAAAAUCUGCAGUCAAGUCUCCAGAAAUGAUCAGAAUGAGGGAUUACGAACUCGGAGACAUUUUUGAUCUUUGGAAGGACGACAGCCCAAGCAAGAGUUCAUGCGGCAAGCUGAUGACGUCUGUGUUGCAAAGGAGUUCAUUUGACUUGUUCGCAGGCUUGAUGGAAGUUGAGCCCCUGUCCUUCAAUCUUGUUGGCUGUAGCGAGGGAACUCGGUUGGAAAAAAACGGUGAACCUAUUGGCCUGAUUCCCGUUCCAUCGACUGAAGUGGAACAUAUCUACCACAAUCAGAAAUUAACGUCGAAGCCGGAGAUGCCCACGAGCGGAGUUCCGAAGAACGCUGAACCACAGGACGAAGGAAUGAGUCCUCAUGAAGCGCUCUGGACAUGGGAGCGAUUACUGCGAGAUGCAAGCUUCAACAAAUACGUGAUGGUUGUGGACCGUUUGCAGCCGGGCGGGAAUCGCUAUGUAGUCCUCGAUUUCGGCCAGCCAGUCUACUUGACGGACAUUUUCGUCCCGCCGUACGCAGAUGCCAUUUGCUUUUCCAUUGAAGGUCUUGCUUCUCCUUCGCGGACGUCCGGAACUCCGAUUGUCAAGGCUAACGACAUGAAGUCGAAUGCGAUAGUACUUGCUGACAUCUUGACGAGGAUUCCGUAUCGGUAUAUAAAGGUAUCCGUUAGUGCUGCAUCGAAGUUCAGAAUCCCGAUCGGAAUAUACUUCGGCACUUCGUUUCUAAUGGAUCCUCUGGAAGUCAUUCCUCAGGACGAAAUGGCUCGUUUGAAAUCGAAGCUCGAUCUUGUGCGUGCUGCAUCGGCUGAAGUGUAUUGCCACUAUCAGAUGUCUUGUAAACGGCUGGAGAACGCGGUAAUGGAAAAAGUACCGAAAAGUACGGGAAAUCGUGACCACUUGCUGCACUUCUUAACCCGCCAUAGCAACCAGAUUGCCGCGCACCCGCAUCCUCUAAGUGCGGCUUGUGCAGAUGAAGAUCAGCUUGUCAUGUCUGCUUACUGCGACUGUGCACAAUUACGACAAAAAAUGAGUAUUUUGAGGGGGAUUGAGCAUCGCCUGUCCGUCAGGCUUGGUGCUGGAAAGCCAUCCUUGAUGCGAGCUCGAGCAAUAUCCAGUGGUGCAGAAUGUAGUCCUCGAACGGAUCAUCUGAAAGCUAUUCUACAUCAUCUGAUAAUCUGUGCGUGUUCAACUGCUGGGCACUUGAAACAGAUGAAUGCCAUUAAUUUGAAGCCAUCCGUAGAAAGGAGGAAAGUGUGUUCACUUUUGUUCGACCGAUUAUGCGUGUUGGGAUGGAGUGGAAAAGAGCAAGUUGGCGUUGUUACGCUUCUUAUCACUUUGUUUGAGCGUGAAGCGUGGUGGGGAGAUUUCCUCUCGGAUGCCCUCUGCCACUACUUCUCGAACUAUCCGAAGCCGUUCCCUCAGGAAAGAGUUUUUGCGCUGCUGGCCAUGAUGGGACAGCAAUCAGUUCGCAGCGGGAAUUCGGGAGUGAUUUUGCGGUUAUUGAGCAAGCUGGGCAAUAUUUUGAGCCAAGAUGGAGAAAUCAGAGGAUGGGUGCUUUUGUAUUUGUCAGUAUGCAUGAAUUUUGUAUCGACCGCGACGGACUGCGAUUGUUGGGACUCAGGCUCGGAUGACCGACACGAAAAUUUUUGUAAUGAAGGGAAGAUUCAGCGGAAGUCAGGAUUCAAUUUCCGUCGAAGCAGUCGGUGGUCCUUUCUUUUUGGAGACGGCGUGUCAGGUAGUGAGGCUGUGAGUGCCUGUGCAGCUGCUUGGCAAGGCCGUGGUUUGAAGCGUAGACAUGCGAUUCGCGGGCCACCGCAGUUGCCGAAAGGAAAAUUCAACGAUGCCUUCAUGAAGAAGUCAUAUUCCACUGCUCACAAGAGAUAUCUGCAGUGUUGUGGAGACUCCCUCGAAAAUGGCGAGAGCGUGCCACGUAUACCAGAAGAAUUAUUUUCAUCGGUGAAAGACCAGCCCGAUUUAAAUUUACCGAAAGAGAAAUGCGUUGCAGCUUGUCGCAUUUUGAUCAACAAUCUUAUUCCUUUGAACCCCGCUGUUGGGAUGGAUUUAUUCAUGCUCGGAUGCCAGGUUUUGGCAUAUUUGGCGAAAUGUUCAAGUCCCAAGCUGCGUCUGGAGGAAAUCAUUACGCAGAAUCAGUUGGAUGAACUAUUGGGACUGGCUGUGGCCAGCGUUGGAACUGUGACUCAAAAACCUGGUACCAGUUUCCCCCCUGGACUUUUCCUGCCGAAACCUCCGGCUGGUGAGCAUCUUUCUACAUGGAUGUCCUACACCGUCGUCACUCUCCUGGUCGACAUUCUAGAAGCGGAUCACGAGUCAUGGGAUUCCACGGACGAGCAGUUUCCUGGAAUAGAUGGAAUGACGUCGUUUCACGGGAUCGUUCCUGAUAGUUACGCGAUUGAAAAUGACAUUCUCGACGCUCACAGUCAAGCCGUUGAAACGGUGGAGAAAAUGCUCGAAGAUAAUGCAAAAAGCGCCUCUUUGGCCUGCCAGGAGAAACUUGUCAAAGCCUUUGUUCAGUGGCAUUUGAAAGAAGAUCAGAGAAAUACCACCUCUGAUAGCGUUGAAGGAGUUUCUCCGCUUACAGCUGAUGAUCAAUCCACUGCAACUGCCAAGUUUUGCAGCAGUGGUAUGGUUGGGCGAGCAGGCUUAAAUGGCAUAUCCACCGUUUCUUCAUCCAUUACCCGGCCCGAGCCCCAUCUUCUUCGCAGCACGGACAUGCAUCUUCUGAAUAUGUCCGUUUCUGGGUUCGGAACUCAGAUUACCCACGGAUCCCCCUUUUCUCUCCUGAAAGUUCCUCCGGUGCAAUUAAAAGUAGAUUCCGUACCUACUUCACGGGCGCCUGAACCCCGAAGGCCUUCGAAAUUAAACAGUGUCCAUAUGCUGGAUACGUCUUUCAAGAAGCUCUUCGCCCACGUGGACAAUGCUGGGAUUUCUGCGGAAAAACUUUUGCUCACGUGGCUUUCGGUUAAUCUGAAUCUUGCUGAAUUUGCUGGGGAGCAGAAGCGGAGCACUGGCGCGUCAACUGGUUCCAUCGUGCGACCCGUGAUCUUGAUGACAAACAGCGCUCUGUCGGCGCUCCUGUCUUUUGUGAUAAGGAAGCAAACUGUGUCGAAUCGUCUGUGGUCACUUCUGUUUCAAGUCCUUUCGAUGACCGCAGUUCAAGAAGCGCCUGAAGAUGAAACUAUUCACGGCGAAAGUGCUUCUUGGGGCUCUUUUGUUCGAGACAAAAAGUUCUUCUCAUUCAUGUUCAAGUUUUUGUCCUACGUACCGUUCACUUGGGAAAUGAAUGCUGGAAUGGACCGUGGAAAAAUGGAGAUGGGGAAAUGUGUUUUGGAUGCAUUCAUGCGAUUGAUGAAUUGCCUUUUGUCGGUGAAAAUCUUUGAAGAUCGACGAGAUGGUCGCCAGUCACUAAGGAGGGCCUUACUUCAGCUUACAUUGGAGUUGAUUGAAGGUCCGAUGCAGCUGGGCCAAGGACCCUUGGAUGCUCAAUUUGAAUUCUUCAGGCUGGUGAAGAAGCAGAAUUACGAUGGACACGACUUCGAUAUCAUGGUUUCGAUUAUUGAAGCAUUUGCGACGUUGGCCGACAAAUUGUUGCAAAAGGACUCGGACUCUAUGCUCUGUCUAUUGCGUCCCGGAAUGCGUUUCGUUCAAACUUCGGAGGUUAAGCGAGUGGGGUCCACUCAUGGGUUUUUGCCAGUUUCCUCUUAUGGCUCUGAAGUGACUUCGAAUCAUGCGAAACAAGCCAAGAUAAACCGAUCUGGUUACGCUGCGUCUUUGACCGAAUUGCUGGUUUUGCUGGUCUCAAUCUGCAGCAACUUUCUGUUCGUCACGAAGUCUUCCUCUGAUGAGUUUUCCUCUCAGCACCAGUCACAUCCGCAGCCAGAUUCCUCGCUCACCGAUGCUUCGAAAAUGGAGCAGUUGGAUGCGAGUGACGAAGCCUUGACCGACGAAAGCAAAGCUGCAGCUGGCGCAGAUCCGCGGGAAAAUUGUUCCGUGGAGGUUUGCCACGUGGUCUUGUUUCGCUGGCCAACCGUGCUCAAGUUGUGCGGGAUUUUGGCACGUGUUUUCGAAGCACCUGAACUCAGAUCCAGACCAUUCCCGGAAGAUCAAGAAACAUUCAUAGAAAAGUUGAAACGGUUCAUGAUUCAUAUAUUUUCGAGGAAAGUACCGGAAGGUUUGCAGGCUAUUCAGCGGUACCUUGAGGGAUCUUGUGGCCCGGGACUUCCAAAAUCUCUGCCUGUGAUGUCUGAGGCUUUAGUCGAAGUCUUCACCGCCUCAAUAUGUGGCUUGGAGGUUUCCAAGAAAUUCUACGAGACUGGUGGCUUUGAGAUUCUUGGAAAGAGCUUGAUAGCUGCUUGGGAUGAAAGUUCAGUGACGUGUGCUACACAGCCCUCAAUAAUGCUGCAGCAAUGGGUCAGUAACAGGAACGUAAGAAAAAUGCAAGAGUCUCUUGGAUGUGACCUGGAGGUCGAAAUGGAUUCUAGGUCUAAUCAUGGCCUCGUCAACAUAGCCCCAUUAGCAACAAGUGUGAAAUGUGAUAGAGGCGAUGGUCAGUCUCCGAGCCUGCUUGUUCGUAGUGUCGCGGCGCAUCGUCGCUCUCGAACCGCGAACUGGAGUUAUACGUUUUCGGAUAGCAAGAACAACUGUGUCGACAUUGUGGUGACGCUUCCGAAUCCUGUGAUGAUUUACCAAGUUAUCGUUACCCCUCAAGCUUCCACCUUCAGCACUUGUCCAUCUAAAGUGGAGGUUGAUUUAUUGGCGGUUUCGUCGUCUGUUGGGAAUGGCUGGGUUCCUGUCGGAACGGCGUUCAACAAAUCAGGGUCGAUGGCCCUUCGUCUUGACGUGCAACCGGCGCGAGUAGCCUCUGUCGUUUGCAUUCGCGUGUAUAAGCCCAUCGACGGAAACGUCGUCGGACUAACGCAGCUCAAGAUCAUGGCGUCCCCAGGAUACGCGAUGACCAACGACACUAUAUCUGACAUCGAUAGAAACUGCGGAAUGGGAUAUUUUACGUUCAUUGCUCACGUGAUGCAAGAACUGCAAAAUUCCCUCUCCGAAGACGAGGAACUUGGUGAUUUUGAACAAGCUGCCCGUUUAUCGGAAUCCGUUGCCUGGCAAUUGACACGAAUUCCGAGCUUCUUGAAAACGUUGGGAUCAGUGUUGAUCGCUACGUCACAUCCGGCGACCGACCGGCGCCUGUUCAUGCAUAACGUACCGUGCCUUCUUGUGCCUAACGUGAUGUAUAGCAUAUGCUCGUUCACUGACGUGAGUGUGGUGAAGCAAGUCGUGGGCAUAUUGCUGGACGCCAAACUCCCAACCGUCUCCACUGCUGCUGAAAGUGUGCGCUGGAAACCAGAUUUAAUGGUCGUUCAAUUUUUGGAGAGACUGAGCAGAUGUUCAGGAGCGAUUAUCUCUGAAGAAGAAGCGAGGCUGUGUGUUUUGAAAGUGAUGAUGGACUGGGUGGCCAGUUGUUCGAAGUCAGAAUGCGAGGUAUUUGCAAACAAGACGCACGGUGUUGGGCACAGUUCUGGUCAACAAGUUCCUGCAAGUUAUGUUCAUUGUCUCUCUUGUAUACUGUGGCAUUACGUGGACUGCCCUGAAGAGGUUGUCAGAGAUAGGAUUACAGAGAAUUUUGUCAGAUGCGUUUACGAUUGGAGCGUGAUCGUGGAAGGAGAGUUGAAGCAAGCGCUUUUAUUCUUGCUCUGUGCAGCGGUCGCUGUGGAACCGAGUUGCUUAACCAAGAUUUUGAUCAGGGCACAAUUGGUGAAUUCCGUCCGAAUUCAUGACCCAAACGUGGCUUCGAGCGACGAUAGCAAAGGUAUUGCAGUCCAAAUGGAAGACCCGUUGACUGAUGAUGUCAAGUCGAUCGCCGAAGAAGUAGUGCCGUUGAUCGAAACAGUUUUGCUUGAACCAUUCAGCAGUAAAACGAGUGUAACUCAAAUGAUGUCGAUUGGCCUAAUAUGCUGCUCGAAAGUGGGUGCCGAGUUUCUGGAUGGAAUCGGACUUCUUCAACAAAUUCUCGACUACAUUAUACUGUUUUGCGAGCAAUCGUUCUGUCGCGGGCUUUUGUCACUCGGAGAGCUCGAGCAACUUCAUUCUAAAAAUUACUAUGAACUCCCGUCAGAAGAAGAGUUGGAAGGAGGAAAAUGCUCGGGAACAGUGGUCAUUGCAUGCUUGGAGCUGCUGAAAGCGUUAACCUCAACAGGAGCCGAUGGCACUGCGAAUAAUUGGCUCGCCAGUGAAAAUGGUUCAGCCUUUUGGCAUAUUUUAAUCAUUUUUCUACUUCGAAUGUCGAUGUCGGAUAGCAGAAGUGAAGUGCGGAGUGCCACUGCUGCCGUGCGGGAAGAAAACGGCACUUCGUUGGAGAAGAUGGAGUCAUUAUCUCUGGAACUGAUUCAAAAUUCUACUUGGGGGAGCGUGAAGAACUGUGAAGUAACAGCAGCUGCGAUUGUGGAUUCCUUGGAGUUUAAUUUCAAAAACCCACCAGAGACUACGUUGCUUGCUUUCGGAAUAUCCGGCUUUAUGAGACGCCUAUUGCUGGAGGUCGUUCUGCUUCGUAAUACUUUCUUAAUCCAUCUACGCGUCAAGGAUUCCUGGAUUCAUGAUGACAGCCUCGGCUACAUACAAAAGGAAGACUGUUGGGAUGUUGAGCGUCCUCCCAUUAUCACUUCGAAUUUGUCGAAACCGAUUUCACAUCCUCGGUUUGGCACCGGAAAGUACAACGUUUUAGCGCGUGUGAGAUUGGAUAGCACUUGUGCUGAACUCCAAUUCAUCGUUCCUGACUACUAUGACAAACCUGUGUGGUGGGCUUUUGAGAAUGUGUCAAGUGGGUUAUGGAGUUACGAGCAGCCGAAAACACCAGCAAUCAACAUGUGCCCUGAGCAAGAUCAAUGCGAAAAAUUAUGGCGGGAAAGUCGUCAAGGAUUCAUCGAUCAUAAAAUUAAAAGUCGGGAUGUCCUCUGUGGUCCAACCGAGAAAUCAGGCGAAGCCUUGAUGACGUACCGACAGGAUUCUCUUGGCAAAAGAAAUCUUCCUGAGCUACUGACUUUUGGCCAGUUGUUGGCUGCUUUGGAAAUCCGAGACGGCUGCCAGUACAAUCGAUAUUUAACGAUUCAUGUUCGAGUUUUCAGUCGGGAGAACCGAACUGAUAGCCGUGUUUCCGCUGACGUCCUCGCCUCACCCGAAGGUGGCGAAGAGGAGGAUUCCGCUCAAAAUCUCCUCGAACUGAAGUCGAUUCCCGACCUGUUCGAGUGCUUCACAAAGUGUGGGGGACUCGGUGUGCUCGCGAAACAACUUCCUCUCAUGAACACACUUUUGUCGAAGGUAACGUCGUCUGUUCAAAUGGACAUUAAUUCUGUACCGUCACUCAUCACUCUGCAGGGAUUAAGCGCGACAGCGGUGCCAACAGUAGCUCACGGUGUCAGCGUCGUCAGCAAUCCUGAUCAGGCGGCUCAUAUGAAGGCCACCUUUGAAGAGACUUAUGACGAGGAGUUGAUGCUUGAAAAUUGCAUGGAGGAUAUGCAGCAAAACGUUAUUUUCCUCCCGAUGUCGGUGGCCCAAGCUGGCGGGAAGACCGGUCCUGGUGACUUCUUCAAAUCGAAACCUGCUGUACUCGCGGAACGGGGAAUGGGCUUCAGCUGGGAUCCCGUGGCGUUCCCUCCGCAUAUCUUGUCCCUUAUGGCUACAUUCCUCAAACUACAGGGAUAUGCCGAAUUCUUUACGAGGAACAAAACGAAGGCCCAUUGUUUACUACGACUCGCUCUGGGUGCAACUGAGGAUGCCGCUGGAAACGUCAUCAUCCCCACGCUCGAAUCCACGUGCGAGCAAUUCACCUUCGACGGAGAAAGCACAGGAGUGGCAUUUUACCCAUUCCAGAUGAUGAAAGAAUUUUUGCUGAGCCUCCCUUUGCAUACCGACGACGGAACAUUGACUCGAAAGGCGCUGAUGGAAACCGGAGCGCUGAACAUGAUUCUUAGCUGCAUGGCUGUGCUGUCACAUUCCAAUGACUCUGGCAUUGUUGUUUCUGGAAAGCUCGACGAGCUUAUCUUGGGCGCACUCAAGGCGUCAAUCGCGUCGUCCGGAGAAAAAUCGCAAGCAACGCGAUCAACUGCGAGUUCGUCGUCGCAAAACAUGGUGUACUAUGUACCUUCAGUAUACGUGCCUCCAUCUCCAUCGACAAACCAGGACCCUUACCAAUCCCUCCAAGUCUCCAUGUCGAAUGCGGUACAAACAGCUAAGAAACUAUCUGGACUUCACAAGAAAAUUUCACCUUUCCUGGCGAAUUCCCUGAAAAUGAUCAAGGAAACUGGCUACAAAAGCCUCAGCAAGACGGAGGCCUCUGAUGCGCCGUCGACGCCAAUUUUCGUGAUGCCAUCUGCUCCAAAGAAACCCGCUGACGCUGGGUUGUAUUGGGCCAAGGGUACUGGAUUCGGAACCGGGAGCAUGAUGCAAUCUUGGGAUGCGGACCGGGCAUUUAAACGGCUGGAAUCGCGGGAAAGGCAUUUGGCGGUUUUGUUUUCCUGCCUUGCCGCCUUCUUGAAACCUAGCGUUAAAAAGGAUGAUUGGGGAGAGGAAUUUGGCGAGGAACGGAAAGGAAGGUUACCCGAAGAGUUGAGUCGAAUGUUGGAGCAAUCUUGCCUUAGUGAAGCUAUCAAAGCGUACAUGCGAAAUGACUCAGUCCUGGAUAUGGCAAGACACGUUCCAUUGUUUAUGAGCGUUCUUGACCUCUUGGAAGCCAUCGCCGCUACGGAUUCACUCGUUCAUCUCCUACUUCCUGACCCAUAUGAUGUUACAAACUCUGGGUCUCAUAAUUCCAUCGCUGCAUUGCUGGAGAAUAUGCAUAAAUGCGUGGAUACAUAUGUUAAGACGUUGAGAGCAUCCCAGACUGCGACGUCAAAAAAUACGUGCUCAGUUGGAGUUGGACCGAGGGAAGGUGUUUUCGAUCAUGCGUCUACUGUUGAAGGGUUGAUUCUUGACGCUGACGAUCAAGGCUUGGCAUUCCUCAUUCCAAAAAUUUUGAAGACCGCCGAACUCGUCAAGUGUGUGACGUAUUUUGAUGACGCAAUCGAAGUUCCGGUCAUGGACUUCUUGGAUGGAACAAUGUCAAUGGAUUCUUCCCCUCAUCUCGGCGAUACGCUACGUUUGACCCCUCAACUCUACGUCAACGCGAUGCGGCCACUGCAGUUUCGGGAUUUUGAAAUCAUGAAGGAAAAUGAAGACGAACCCGGGAAAAUGCGGUUCAGUGUUCCGUUUCACUUUGAGCGAGACGCCACUUCAUCGAUGGCCACUGGAGCCGCCGGGCAAGUGAACAGUGGGCGACUCAAGCGACUUGCUCAAGAGAUGGUCUCACUUUCGUCCGCUCUGCCAUUGUCGUAUUCAAGCUCGGUGUUUGUGCGCACGGAUUCAGAUCGCUUGGAUGUCAUGAAGGUUUUAAUAACGGGACCUGACGAUACUCCGUACGCAAACGGAAUUUUCGAAUUCGACGUGUUCUUUCCCAUGGACUACCCGAACUCACCGAUGAAAGUUCACUUGCAAACAACGGGAAAUCACACCGUCCGAUUCAAUCCCAACUUGUAUAACGAGGGUCGUGUGUGUUUGUCAGUACUCAACACAUGGCACGGACGUCCAGAGGAACGUUGGAAUCCGCAAACAUCGUCUCUCCUACAAUUAAUCGGUUUUGUUGCCACCGUGCGCGGCCUUCACGGUACGGUGGUCGGCUCUCACGCUCGAGACCCCGGUUCGAGCCUCUUCGACGGGGUCGACGUGUGCCUCACGGAGCUCGGUAGCCUGUCUCUUGGCUUGUCUGUGUCAUUAACAGAAUUCUCUUCCGCUCGAUCGCGAAGGCAUGUGCAGUGGGUGACUGGGGUAUUGUAUAUAACCCCGUCCCUCAUGGUCUUGUAUUCGCCGCCACCUGCGCGGCGUACCCGGCACGGUGGCGGACUCAGGCGCUACACACCCCGGUUCGAAUCUCUCACCGGGGUUGACGCGUACAUGCACGGGCGUGGAGGUUCCAGACACCUCACGCCAUUCGCACGAGCCCCCAAAGCAAAAGCGAGUCCGAAAGUUCCUCAUGGGACGACGGGCGCGCUUUUGUCACUUAUUUAA